AUGCUCACAAAAUAUAAAAUUGUGUUCCUUGGGGACCAAGGUGUGGGAAAAACGUCUCUUAUCACGAGAUUUAUGUAUGAUACAUUUGAUUCACAUUAUGCUGCCACAAUUGGAAUAGAUUUCCUUUCGAAAACGAUGUAUCUAGAUGAUAAGACUAUUCGACUUCAACUUUGGGAUACGGCGGGACAAGAGCGAUUUAGAUCCCUUAUUCCCUCAUAUAUAAGAGAUUCAAAUGUGGCCAUUGUGGUCUAUGAUAUCACGAAUCGUGAUUCAUUUAACGAUGUUCAAAAAUGGCUAGAUUAUAUUCGGGAAGAACGUGGAAAGGAUGUGCUCAUCAUUCUGGUGGGCAAUAAAUCGGACUUGAAGGAUAAGGUGGUAACCUCGGAUGAAGCUGAGGAACUUUCGAAAAAGUUAGGAUGUAAUCUCUUCAUCGAAACUAGUAGUAAGAAUGGUUACAAUGUGAAGAAACUGUUCAAGAAGGUCGCAAAAAUGCUUCCAGAGCUGAAGAACGAGCCUACAGAGCAAGAAACAAAUGGAAACAAUGUGCAAACUAUAGAUAUUAGUACGGAUAAGCCAGAGGAAAAUGCUAGUUCCUGUCAAUGUUAA